GUUUGAAAGAAAUGUGUAUACGGCGCGAGCAACAAAAUUACAUCGACUGGUGAAAGUUGACGUUAUUAAUUUAAUAUAGUAAUGAGACAACAAAUUUACGGGGACGUGUUUAAGUUGUUUCAUCGAAAGGGGUGUAAAAAAGACUUCACAAGUGGUUAGCUAGACCUGUCAGAACUUCUCUCAGAAACUAGGUGCGUACACGUUGUGCAUCUUUGGUGGGCUUUGAGGAGGAUAAUCACUAGUUAGAUUUGGGUGACAGAUGUCGUCUCUGUGUUUUUCCGUCUUCACACUUAUAUCUGACACUUCUUGAGUCCGAGUUUAUUUGACCUUUGUAUAACACACACACACACAGACGCACACCUUUGCCCACCUGGCCAGAGCAUGUCUGUGACCAUGGAUGCCAACAUGACGGCCACUCCUCUGCCCAUUCCUGCCCACUUCGCCCAUGCCCAGCAGUCUUUCUCCCUGAAGAGGCGCCGGCUGCCCCACUCCUCAUUCGCCGUCCCUGAUUCUCCGUCCCGACUGUCCCGCUCUCUGCCCCCUCGGCCCCCCUCCAAGGGCUGCCCGCCAGUCAGCCGACUGUUCCCCCAGGAGCCCCCGUCGGCCUGGACCCCCCUCUCACAGUCCCUCAUCGCUAGGCCUCCCCCAGCCUCGCUGUAUGAUCCCAAGCGGCCCCAGUGCUUCUUCAGCCAGUGCUUCACCAACCUGGGCCUGCUCGGACGAGGAUCAUUUGGGGAGGUCUACAAGGUGUUGAGCCUGCUGGACGGGCGCGAGUACGCAGUGAAGCGCUCUGUGCAACGUUUCCGCAACGGCAGCGACCGGACACGGUGUGUACGCGAGGCCCGCAACCACGAGAGGCUGGGACCCCACCCGCAUCUGCUGACCUUCGUAGCCGCCUGGGAGGAGGGAGAGAGACUCUACAUCCAGACUGAGCUCUGCUGCACCAGUUUACUGAUACAGGCAGAGAACAUGCCCACUGCACCAGACGAGGUGACUGUGUGGGGCUACCUCUGUGACCUGCUCUCUGCGUUGAGACACCUGCACGCUAACGGCUUCACCCACAUGGACCUGAAGCCGGCCAACGUCUUUCUCACGCGCUCCGGGCGCCUCAAGCUGGGGGACUUCGGUCUGCUGCUGGAGAACAAGGGGAGGAGGAGGGGGAAGCGGGGGGAUGGAGAGAGGGAUGAGACGGGGGAGAGCGGGAGAGACAGAGAUGACAUGCAGGAGGGGGACCCCAGGUACAUGGCGCCGGAGCUGCUGAGGGGGGAGUACGGACCUCCCGCAGACGUCUUCAGUCUGGGCGUGUCCAUACUGGAGUUGGCGUGCAGCAUGGAGGUGCCCAAAGGAGGAGAGGGCUGGCAGCAGCUUCGCCAAGGGAUACUGCCCUCCGAGUUCACCAAUGGCCUCUCUGUUGAGCUGCAGCGUGUGCUGCGCCUGAUGUUGACCUCUGACCCCGAAGCCCGUCCAUCUGUGGAGCAGCUGCUGGCCCUGCCGUCCGUCCGCAAGCACACCUGGAGACGACACGCACACCUGCUUCUCACCGAGAGCCUGCAGACACUCUUCUCGCUGUCACAGUCGGUGGUAGCUCUCGGCUGGGGCCUGCUCUCCUCCCUGCGCCUGCCGUUCCUGCCGUCCCGCCGAGACCCCCCCGCGCCCUGCACUCCCCCGCGGGACUCCUGGGAGAAGGACGGGGACCUGAGCACGCUGCCCCCCAGCCCCCCCACGCCCCCCAGCGGCGAGUCCCUCUGUCUGGGGGAGGAGUCCGUCUUCAUGCCCGACCCCUUCUGUCUGGACGACUCACCGGACAGACUGCCGUCUCGCAUGGCGUUUGACAGCACCUCCACGCCAAUGUCCGGCAGCGCCUCCACCUCCGCCUCUCCGCCCUCCCUAAGAAGCGACGGCAGCCCCUUGAUCCUCCGCACCCGCCCACAGAGCCGUGACUGGCGCAGCACGCUGGCACACACUCCGCCCAGCUCUCGCGCCCGCUGCCGCACCCGGCCCCGCUGUUCGUUGCUUGCCCCGACCCUCCUCGCCCCUGACGACGACGACGCUGAUGAUGUCACUUCCUCCGUCAUCAACAACAACAACAACGGCAGCCCGGGUCUGGGCCGUCUCCCGGGCAACUGCAGCUCCCGGCUGUCUGCGUCCGCCCGUGCCGCCCUGGUGCAGAACAGCCCGCCACACACACCCGCCUCCUCGCACUCGCGCUCGCACACACGUCCCUCUUGCUGUAGAGAGGAGGAUUGGACGUCGGGGGAGAACUUCAAGCAGAGCUUUGAGCCAAAGAACCUUCUCACCAUGUUUGACGAGGCCGUGUAACACACAAGGGUGUGUGUGCGUGCGUGUGUGCACGCACAGAGAUGUACAGAGUCCUUAAAAGAGGGAGAGAGAAGAAAUUCUUUGUGUGUGUGUGUGUGUGUGUGUGUGUGUGUGUGUGUGUGUGUGUGUGUGUGUGUGUGUGUGUGUGUGUGUGUGUGUGUGUGUGUGUGUGUGUGUGUGUGUGUGUGUGUGCGCACGUGCGCCCUCAUUUUUACAAAAGAGACAACAGACUACAGAUGAGAACUGCCUUCUGUCUGUGACUAUUGAGUGUGUAUGUUUGAGCUUGGUGGCAGUGUGCAUGCACUAUCCAGACUGCCUGCUUCACUUCUUCAUCUGUAUGCUGCCAUAGUUAGGAUCGAAAUCCUGUACAUAGUUAUUUAAAAUGCAAAGCAAAAAAGGGGAAAUGUAUUACUUUGUGAAAAAAAUGUUCUUCAGACAUUAUACAAGUGUUAUUGACACAUUGAUUGUAACUUUUUUUUCUUUUUCCAGCAAUCUAAUGACAUGAUCGAAAAGUCCAUUUGAACACAAUACCGUGCAUCCAAUCUAGUGGUUGUUUGUGAAGUGUUUUGCAGUUUACAUACUGUGACGUGUUGUUUACUCUUGCUUCAAUGUGACCUAACACAAGUGAGAUUAAUAUAUUAUCUUGAUGUAAGUAAUAUGUAUCACUGCCCACCGUGUCUUUCCUUUGCACAAAAACAUUAAACCUAUUUCACUUGA